AAACAAAAUGAGGUCAGGAGUAGUGGCUAGUUAAAUGAAACCGCUACUUCUGUGUUCACCGAAGUUGUAGUCAUCAUGAACAAGUCAUGCUUAAAUCUUAGUGAAUUCCAUACUGAUCAGUAUAUAGACAUCAAGGAAAGACUUGUGGCUUUGGAGAAGCACUUAUCGGACCCUUUUUCAGAUUGUUAUGUUGAACGUCUUCUUGAUGUGGUUGUGGCAUGCGUCACAGAAUGUACAAAAACUGUGAAAAGUGUGAAAAAUGAGAACAUGUUAGCAUUUUUACAAAGAUUUCUCAAUGUGGCAGUAUGUUUACAGUCAUAUCGUCGUAAACCGGAAGAUUUUUCAUUUAUCAGUUCAUUAGGUCACGGCGCAUUUGGUCGUGUUCAACUUGUUCGUGAAAUUACAACAGGUCGUGUAUGUGCGAUGAAAGUAUUAAAGAAAUCUCGAAUGCUUGCACAACACACAGAUUAUUGGGCUGAAAAAGAAAUUAUGUCACAUGGUGAAAGUCCAUGGAUUGUACAAUUAUAUUAUGCUUAUCAAGAUUUAAAAAAUUUGUAUAUGGUUAUGGAAUAUGUUCCCGGUGGUAAUCUUGUCAGUUGGAUGGAUGAAGUGGAGUUCAUGUCAGAAGCAGCUUGUCGAUUUUAUGCAGCUGAAACAAUUCUUGCUUUAAUUGAUUUACAUGCAAUGGGAUUUAUUCAUCGCGAUUUAAAACCGGACAAUUUAUUAUUAGAUGCUGGUGGUCAUUUAAAACUAGCUGAUUUCGGUACUGCUAUACGUGUUGAUCCGGAAACGUCAUUAAUUCACUGUGAUGCAGCUGUUGGAACACCAGAUUAUCUUAGUCCAGAAGUUCUUUUAUCACAGGGAAUCGGUGGUGGGAGUUAUGGAUUUGAAGUGGAUUGGUGGGCAUUAGGUGUUGUUAUUUAUGAAAUGCUUUAUGGUGUUACACCAUUCUAUUCAGAAACAUUAGUCAAUACUUAUGCUAAUAUUAUGAAUCAUGCAAAUAGUUUGAAAUUCCCUGAAAAUGUUAAUGUUUCCGAUGCUUGUUUGGACUUUAUGAAAAAACUUCUCUGUGAUCGUACUCAAAGACUUGGCAGUCAAGCUCAUUGUUUAUCUGAAGUAUAUAACCAUCCUUGGUUUUCUAUUGACUGGAUUCAAUCUCAACAGACCGAUGGACAUUUAGAUUCUAUGGAUAUAUCAAUUGCUGACUGGACAUGGUCUAAUAUACGUGCUUCUCGUGCACCGUUUCAACCUCAUUUACGUAGUGAAACUGAUACGUCUUAUUUUCAACCAGAAACUGAUGACGAAGAUGAUGAAUUAAUGGUAGAUGGUGAAAAUGUAGCUGAUAAAGGUCCUUCUAAUCAUGGACGAAAUAAUGGGCAUGAUUCACAACUACCAGAUGUAACAAAUAAUAACAAUAAUGGAAAAUGUAAAGAUGCAGAUAGAGGUGAUGACUUUCCCGAAUCAUCUAACAGUGAUCAUAAAUAUUCUGGACGUUGUUCCGAUAGUUUAUUAGAAUUGCCAGGAAGUCAAUUAGCGUUUGCAGGUUUCUCAUUCUCCUCCACUCAUCCGCAUCAUUUGGCUUUGCUGAACGGACUACAUUCAACUCCAUUACGUGGAUCAAAUCUGACAGCAUCAGCAUCAUCAUCAGAUCUACUGAAGAAUGGUGAUAAUAUUAAUAAUAAUAGCAAUAAAUUAGGCUCAGUUCAACUUGAUAAAUCAAUGAAUCAUCAAUUACAAGAAAAUAAAUGUGAUAAUUGUAAAAAUGCUUUCCUGAAAUCUAAUGGUGAUAGCAGUAUUAAUAAUUUGUUAAUAAAUAAUGAAAACGAAAAUGUAAUGGAUUCAUAUAUUGUUAAUCAUGCUAAGUGUGAAUCACAGCUAGCUGGUUUACGAAUACAAUUAGACGAUGCAUUAACAUUGUCGGAUACACAUUUAAAUGAAAUUAGCUCAUUAACUAUGCAAUUAGAACAAGCUAACGCUCGUUAUCAUGAAUUAGAAAAUAAGUUAUCUUUACAAGAAAUUAAUUUCAAAAAAAUCCAUGAGGAAAUGGAAAGGCAACUGGAAAAUGUUCAUGCAGAAGCCGCUAAAAAUCGUUCAUAUUUAGAAGCAGAAAUCAUCAAAUGGAAGUCCCUCGCACAAUCAGAAGAAGCAGCUAGACAGUCGGCCGAAACAGCUGGCAGCAUUGCCGUUGCUGCAGCUACUGCUCAGUUGGCUCGUCGUGCAGUUGAGGUAGUUGAUCGGUUAGGUCGUUCAGGUGCUCGAAAUAAUUUAUCACGUGUAGCAGUAUCACCUAAUGCAGUAGUAACCAGUGAUCCAAGCAAUUUAAUAAACUCAAACUCAAAUCUUGAUUUAAACAACCUAUCAGAUCAGAGUGAUAUUGAUGUGCCGGAAAUAAAUCAAUCAUUAGAUAAUCCGAGGACAGCUACAGAAUUAUUAAUUAAUCGAAUGGAAGAAGUAGCUAAACGUGCACAUCGUGCUGAAAUAGCCACACAAGAAGCAGUUGAUCAAUUAGAAGCAGAAAAGCAUUUUAGUCGUUUAUAUAAAGAAACAUGUGCAGAAAAAACAGAUCAAUUAAAUGAAAAGGUUCGUGAGCUUGAAUUGUUGCAUGAUCGUUAUGCGAAAAGUUGUAAAGCAAAUCAAAGAGCUUGUGAAAAAUAUGAAGCUGCUUUAAGAGCUCUUAAUGAAGAACAACAAAAAUCUGCUCGUUAUCUAGAAGCAGCACAGAAUGCUAAAGAAAGCGCCCAUGCUGCAACUCAACGAGCAGCAUGUGCUAGCAGUGAAGUAGCUCAAUUACGAGUUGAACUUGAACGAAUGACUCAAGCUUAUAGAAAAGAACAAACAAAAUGUACUGCCACUGUAAAUAAAUUAACUGAGGUUAUGUCUGGCAAAAAUCCCGAUACAUUAGAAUUAAUGUGGCUUGCUAGCUUUCAACAACAAGAACAAGAAGCUGGUGGACGAACCGUUAGUCCAUUUUCUCUUGGCUCCAAUUCAGCUCGUAGUAAAGUAGCCAGUUUGAAAGGACUAGGUCAACAGAAACGCAUGACUUUACAAUUAAAUCAACGUCACAAAGAAAAUAAACGUUUAAUAUCUGAAAUUAAUCGAUUGAAUGAUGAAUUAUCUACAUUACGGAAAGAAUACGAAAGCAAAUUACAUUCAAAUGAACUGCAUACAAUGUCAAUGGAAUUAGAAUUGGCUUCGCUUAGAGAGCAGUUGCAUACGAUUUCAAUUACAAAUUCAUUAUCACAACAAGGUAUAGAUAAUAAUGAAUCAAUUAGAUUAUUGCGUCAUCAUAAUCAUCAGAACCAUUCAUCUCAACAGCAAUUAAAUCAAUACUGUCAUCGUAAUAAUACAUCAUUGAAUAAAUCUCUUCUCACUUCUGAUAUCCCUUCUAGUGUAGCGAACAACGAUAAUAAUAAUAUCAUUACAAAUAUACAUAACGAUAAUAGUGAUUGUGAUUUUACAUUAAAUAAAUCAUUCGGUGCAACACGUCCUACUUCUACUAUACCACCAACGCCUCAUUCAUCUGUUUCACAAGAAUCGGUCGUAAAGUAUCCUAUUAUCAAUAAUUGUGGUACUACUACUAAUAAUAAUAACAGUAGUCAUUUAAAACCUUCACUACUUAACAAUACAGGUUCAUUGAAUAACUCUCGUAAUUCUAACGAAAUGUUAUCCUCCUACACAUCGCCUACUAUUGAUGAUCCUUUAGUAAGCGAUUUCAAAUUCUAUGGUAUCCUUGAGGUUGGACCAAAGCGUGGGAAGCGGAAUAAACUACAUUGGGAAUCAUGCUUUGCACAGCUAUCACGGACUCAUUUAAUGUUAUGGGAUAUACCAAAUGAUUUAUGCAAACGUGUACAUGAAUUACAAAAUAAAUAUUUAGUUGUAUCGAAUUUUGUUGCAUCUACAAUCAGUUCAAAUAUAAAUAAUUUAAGUAUACGUUUAGAAAUGCCAUUAAAUUCAUUAUAUCAUGUACGCUCGGUGAAUUCAUGUGAUGUAUGUCAUGAACGUGUUGAAGAUUUGCCCCGGGUUUUUCAAAUUAUCUAUGAUCGUCAGUACUUGAGUAAUAGUACAAAUAUUACUAAUAAGAAUAAUGCUAGUAAUAAUAAUAACAUAUACAUUGGAAGUAUGAAACAAUCUUCAAGUGGUAAUGUAGUUAGUAAUGUUGGUAAAAUGUCAAAUACAAGUCCUUCAGGUGAUUCUGCAUCUCAGCCGCGUAAGUCAAGUUUCGGAUCAUCUGCUCUCUUUUCUACCUCCAGUCCUCAUCCUUCAAGUUCACGCCGUGUUGUACGAACUGACUCGGUGUCUAGUUCUCAUCCACACUCCGUGUCGAAUACGUCCAAUAAACGUUUGAAUCAGAUUGAAAAUUCUACUAUUGAGCAUCAAAUAAAUUCACCAUCGAGUGAGUCACCUCAUAGCGUAGAGUCAAGUACAAUUUACACUAAAGGACAUGUUCUACAACGUAUUCUCUUCAGGUCAUAUGCAACAUGUGAUCUUUGUCAAAAUUCAUGCUCCGGUGUUUUUCAUCCUCCUGUGUCUUAUCAAUGUACAGAUUGCCAGAUUAAAUUACACGCAUGUCAUCUAGAAAAUAAUGAUUACCCUCUACCACAAUGUGCUAAAGCAGUUGGUGUUUGUCUAUUACGUGCAAGCACAGUACAAGAUAAAGAACAAUGGAUGGAGUAUUUAUUAUUAACUAUGAAAACAAUGAAAUCUUUGUCCUCAACACCGAAUAUAACAACUCGCAAAUCUUUCAAUCAAGAGUUAUCAAAUGUGUCAAUGCCAUCUACGAAAUUGCCAUCGUCACCAACGGGACGUUGUAUUCCUGUACAUGGAUGUGGUCCUCUACAAUCUCUAUCACCAAGUGUACCAUCAAGUCCAAGCACAAAUCUGGCUAUACCAAUACGAUUUGUCAAUCUAACACCAUCAUCGGAUCACCAAAUUUCUCACGCUCGUUCAAAAUCUUCAAUUUGUGUUCGUGAUUCACUGAAAGCACGUCCUAUUGAAAAUUCAUCUGUUAAUAAUAGUACUAAUGAUUGUUCAUUAUUAUCACAUCAAUCAUAUAUUCCUACAUUGAUGUCUUAUUCAUUACGUCCAACAUGUACUAUUAAUAAUGAUAAUAAUAAUCCUAGUAAUGGUAAUAUUAGUAGUACAACGACUUCGAUAGAAUCAUCAACACCUUCAACAACGUCACAAUUACCAGGAGUUAACAGUUCUCAUGAACAACAACAAAUGAGUCGGAGCUUCACACUUGGCUUGACAAAAUAUCGAAGUGAAGAUUAUACUGAUUGUUCAGUCAAUGGUAAUAGUAGUAAUCAUCAUUAUCCUGGUGUUGGGGUUCGAUCAAUUUCCAAGAGAGAAAGUCCUAAUUUCCAUAUGAUCAAUAAUAGUAAUCAUCACAAUAGUAAUAGUUAUACUGGUAGUAAUAAUAAUAAUAUUAGUAAAGCAUCAUACGACCUUUCGCCGCCUAUUCUCUCAUCAUUUCAUCAUCAUCAACAAACUAGUUCAAUUGGAUCGAUGGAUUUCACAAGUGGGGGUGGAGGUGGUGAUACGUCUUCGUCAUAAAUCAGCCAACUAUCAUCUGGACAUAUUAUUAUUCAAGUUAGUAACGCAAUUCUCUUUUACUAAUAUAAUAUCGUAUCUAUUUAAAGUAUACUAUGUAGGGUUAUCUUGUUUUUUUUUAAUGUUUGCGGAACUCUUUUUUUCAAUAGAUUAUUCCCUUCAUUAUCGCUAGAGCCAUUCUAAUUACUGUAAAUUGCUAUAGUUUAAGGGUGCACUCAGCAUUUGCUUCUCAAACAACAGUAGUAUCAUCGGAACUUAGUGUUUACAAAAUGAAAUGAAUAUAAAUACUUAUUUCACAGUAGUACAUGUCUGUUUAAUAGAGUAAACGUUGUAUGGGAACAGACAUCUGAUGUCAUUUAAAUUAUGCUCAUUAAUACGUUAGUCCUGACUACGACAAAACAUGCUAUAUGUAGUAGUUUGUUAAUAACCACUAUUCAGAAUGAAAUAAUACUUCUGACAAUUUAUUACGUUGAAAUACAAUGACUGUUGGAGAUUUCACCAUACUACUUUAUUUGGCGAUCUUUUUUUUCGCUUAAUCUCUUUCUCCAAAAUUCGUUUUAUUGUCCUAUGUAUCUGUAUCAUUUUCUGUUCACUAACCUAUAGUCUGUGUUGCUUUUAUUGUUUUUCGAGCUCUUGGUAAUAUAACUUCUUGUUUAGAAACAUAUUUUAGGGGUCCAUAUAUUUCUGCAUUUAUUUUACACCUACAGAUCUAGUUGUUACCAUUAGUAAUCAUCUUUACAUAUAUAUAGCAGUUGUACAUAAUAUUAUGCAUUAAGUUAAAUUUAUCGUUUCUAUUAUGUAUAUAUAAUAGAAAUACUAUUCACUAAGUAUAUAUUCAUAAUUCAUCUACGAAAGUUAAC